UUAACUAAAUAUUUAAGGGGCCACAAGACUUCUCUUCUUGGUUUUGUUGCAAGAGACCAUUGCAUCUAUCCCGCUGGAAAUAUGAUAGGAACAAUCAGCUUUGCACCACUGCGGCAUCCUUUCCCUGAUGUACAACACAGCUUUUGUCUCUUCUCAGAAACUCGAAGCCCGUUCAUUAACACUUCCUCGGGGACUAAAGAACGUGCCGUCGAGUCGCAAGAGACACAGGGCGACCCCCUUCCACGGGCUAUUCCAGGAAAGAGACGAGCAGAGGUGACUUGCCUUGCCAUCGCCUUCCUCCGCAUAGCAGCCCCAGCGUUCCUUAGUGGUCCCUCUUCCGAGUACUGAUGUAUUGGAAACUGAAACCCAUUAAAAUCAGUCUAUGCUUGCAUCUCCCCCGCUCCCUCCCUCAAAACAACCUCGCAGGUAGUCUCGACCUUCAAUUCUUGGCCGAUCUGUGCCACGUGAUCCAGCGUUACACACAGGGGGCUGCCCAUUAGAAGGCGACCUUCACUUCCAUCAACUACCGCGACGCCAGAGGCGCGUAGAUGCCGCUUUUCUGCUAGUGGCGCUGCUUUAAGACUGAGACCUUUGCCGCGCCUGCCCUGCCCAGCACUACGUAACACUGGAGCAUGCCGGGACGACUGCGACCUCAGCAGCUGACUUGGCUCCAACGCUCGGCCCCGCCUAACUGGAAUGGCCGAAAAGCUCAAUCUCCCAGAUCCCUCUUUCGUCCCGACAGUUUGCCGCAGAUGCCAUAACCCUGUGCAGGCUGGGAUUAGUAGUCAUUCUCCUGUUUGGUGCCCUCGCUAUGAGGGAGACUUCAUACUCUAUUUUCCAGCAUGCGUCAGGAAGCGGCUCUUAGCAGUAACGCAGGCGCAGUCCUGCUGUUUGUUUGCGUCUGUAGAGGCCGUGAAGACCCGGCCUGUGGGAAGCAGUAAGAGCUCCUGCCUACUGGCGGAGGCGAGGGCGGCGGCUUUAUGAGGGCGGCCCAGAGCGAGGAGGAGGAAGAAGGCUGAGCUUCCGGCGGAGAGACAGGGCCGAGGAGGAGGCUCUCCCAUAAGGCCUUCCGCCCCGCUGCACAGCUGAAUGGGGUUGCGAGGAGCCGGGCUGCGCCCACUCUUGGAAAUCAACCACCCCUUUGCCUCGUCGCCUCUUGGCCUCUGAGACUCUCGCCUCAUUCCAGUCUCCUGGAAGCCGCGGGUGGUGCCCGUGCUGCGUCAGACACCUUAGGGCGAGAGGGUCGAAGCAGUGGUAUUGGAGAGGAACCCAGGGGCUACUAAUGCUUUCCACUUGGAGGCAGGCUGGGUAAAGGAGCAGCCUCAGCGCCAAUAUCCAGCCGCUGCCGUCUCUCUUUGGGCGCUAUGCGGAAGAAGAUGAUAGAGUUGGCGGUGAUUCCGCAUUGAGAAGAGGAAGGGGGUUCCUGGCGACCAGAUCCUCUUCCUAUCUGCCCCUAAGCCAAGUCUCUUGGAUCAAGGAUCCUGUUUUGUGUGGCAGGGCGUGUGGGUAUAAACAUGAACAGAUACCUUCCAGUAGCCCGGCAACAUUUCCUGGCUGUACUGGCUAGUACCAGUGUAGUAGUGAAGUCUAUAUGUGCCAUUGUGAUUCUGCUCUACCUUCUUUCCUUUGCUGUGGACACAGCUUUUGGACUUGGGGUGACCCCUGGGUAUCUCUUCCCACCCAACUUCUGGAUUUGGACGUUGGCAACCCACAGUGUUGUGGAAAAACAUAUCUGGAAUGUAGGUGUGAGUCUGGCCACAGUGGUGAUAGCAGGAAGGUUGCUUGAGCCAUUGUGGGGAGCCUUGGAGCUUUUGAUCUUCUUUGCUGUGGUGAAUGUAUCAGUUGGGCUCCUGGGGGCCUUCUCUUACCUUCUCACCUAUGUGGCAUCAUUCAAUCUCUCUUACCUAUUUACUGUUCGAAUCUAUGGCAUGCUUGGCUUCCUUGGAGGUGUCUUGGUGGCUCUCAAACAGACCAUGGGUGACAGUACUGUCUUGAAGGUACCUCAGGUACGAAUGAAGGUUGUCCCCAUGCUCUUGCUCCUGAUUCUGGCAGUUCUGAGAUUGACCACCCUCAUCGAAAGUAAUGUCUUGGCUUCUUAUGGUUUUGGAGUGCUUUCCAGUUGGAUAUAUCUCCGUUUUUACCAGAGGCACAGCAGAGGACGAGGUGAUAUGUCAGACCACUUUGCAUUUGCCACAUUCUUCCCUGAGAUCCUGCAACCUGUUGUUGGCUUGGUGGCUAACCUUGUGCACAGUAUAUUGGUGAAAGUGAAAGUCUGUCGAAAAACAGUGAAACGUUAUGAUGUCGGUGCCCCUUCCUCCAUUACUAUCAGCUUGCCUGGAACAGAUCCACAGGAUGCUGAACGGAGAAGACAACUGGCCCUAAAGGCACUGAAUGAGCGGCUAAAGCGUGUGGAAGACCAGUCAGCAUGGCCCAACAUGGAGGAGGAGGAGGAGGAUGAAGACAGCAGUAAGGUUGAUAUUCCACUGCUCCCCGAGAAGAGCCGGGACUCUGUCACUGCAGGAAAAGCAGCUUGCCAGGAAUCCAGCCUCAUUACCUUUGAGGAUGCCCCCACUCAGUUGUGACCAUGAAGUUCCACCACCACCUUCUUCCUAUCCCUGUGUGUCAGAGCUGCUAAUGAUCCUUCAUGUGCCCUCCCUCACAGUACUGCCUGCUCUGCAGGGAACAAAACACUAUGCCUGCUGGCCCUGAGAAGGUGAGGCUACCUCCUUCCAACAUAUAUUAGCCCCAUGUGGCUGAUGCCAGUUCUCUCUACUCCUGAAGGAAACUGUUCUCUAUUGCAUAGACUUGAAAUUUUGGCUCUUCUCUUCAGAAUUGAGAAUUUCUUGGAAUUUGGAGCGGAGGGAGUCUACAUCUCCCCAGCAAAAUAAGGAGGGCCAGUCUGAAUAAAGCCCCCACAAAAGCUACCCACAUCAGUGGCUUUUAAACACUUGUCUGUAGCUCUGUUUGGUUGCAGUUUUGGUCAGUCUGCACAGGGCCCAGGAUGACCCAGCCUGGUGAAUCUGAUCUCCUUUUGAGCCCUUCGUGCCACACCACUAUGUGAACCCCACCUGGGCAUAUUGGAGCAAGCUCAGCAAGUGAUACAAUUUUUCCUUUUGAUUUCCUUUUAUCUCGGUGGCAGUGAUUGUCAAAAAUAAUUCUGCACUUUCCCUUUCUUAUUUUCAGAGUUGGUUUUGGUAUUGAUUUAAAUGAGCAAGCGCUUUUUUAAUUAAAGAAAUCCUUUGCUGUAUUAAACUUAUCCUUCUGCCCUCUAGAGUUGGCAACAGCGGUGAACCCUGCCAAAAAGAGUUGCUGAAUAAAGUUCUUGUAGGACCAGCUGUUAAAAGCCUUUUUGAUAACAUAACCACUUAGGUCCAUCUCUUAACUUUCUGAAAGUGAUGUAGGGAUGCUGAGCAGCCAGCUUCAAGUACCAAUGCACAACAUGGAAAAGCAUAAUCUCAGGCUUCCUACAGAACUUCUAGAGGGAACUGAAUCUAUUUUUUAGGCCUUUUUGUCCUUUAUUUUCCUUUGCUAUGAUUCAGAUGAUAAAGCAGCUUCUAUUUUAAGUUGAAUGCCAGUCCAUUUUUUGACUAUUGGGAAGUUCCUUAUCCUGCAGUAGAAAAUAUGUGUUGUUGGUUCUAUUUUCCUUUUAAAGGUGCUUUUUUUGUGCGGGGCUCCUAACAAUUCCUCAGCUGUCUGCUUUUUCUCCUUGGUUAGAUCAUUUGCCUUUUUCUUCCUCUGGGCUGACAUGCUUUUUUUUGUUUUGAUUUGUGGGGAAGCAAACCCUAAGCUGUCUUGCCUUGACACCUAGCCUGGAAAGAGAGGAGCAGGGCAGGGGGCACUUAGGAGAAUGGAACAAGAGUGUGAGACAAUGUUAUAAUGAUAUUUUUUUAAAGGACCACAUGAGAAGGUUUUUGUCAACCAGGAAAUAAACACGUAAUUUCAGUAUCAAUAAACUGUUCUUUCAAAGAGA